ACAGAGUUUUUGUGGGGUUGGAAACGAUGUCUAACGGAGAGUCUAACGUCAAAGAGAACGUGCGAGAAUACUACGGGUCCAAGCUACAAACAAAUGCUGAUUUAAAGACGACGGCAUGCUGUGCGGCCAGUAUUCCGAAGAAGCUCCGCGCGCUGUUGAAAGACAUCCAUGAGAAUGUACUCGAGAAGUUCUACGGUUGUGGAAGCCCCUUGCCGGAGGGCCUGGAGGGAUGCACAGUGCUGGACCUCGGUUCGGGCUCAGGGAGGGACUCCUUCGUCGCUUCGAGACUUGUUGGCGCGCAUGGCACAGUUAUUGGUGUCGACAUGACUGAGGAGCAGCUGGCAGUAGCGCGGGCUCAUGUGGAUUGGCACAUGGAGCGCUACGGGUACGACAAAGCCAACGUGACGUUCCGCCAUGGCGUCAUUGAGGACUUGGCGAGCAUGGGCAUAGCGGACGCCUCCGUGGACGUGUGUGUGAGCAACUGCGUGCUCAAUCUGUCCCCCGACAAGGCGCAGGUUUUGAGGGAAAUUUUUCGCGUUUUAAAACCAGGGGGUGAACUCUAUUUUUCGGACGUGUUCUGCGACCGGCGGCUGCCGGGCACCCUGAGGGAGGAUCAAGAGGUGCUAGGGGAGUGCUUGGGCGGAGCCUUAUACAUCGAGGAUGUCCGGCGCCUGCUUGCCGAGCUUGGCUGUAAGGAUUACCGAAUCAUGGAGCAGACCGAAAUCCAGAUCACGGACGAGGCGAUCGCCGCCAAGGUGGGCCUGGCCCGCUUUUUCAGCCUGACACUGCGCUGCUUCAAGCUCCCGGAGCUGGAGGAUCGAUGCGAGGACUUCGGUCAGUUCGCCACCUACCUCGGGACCCUGGACCCUGUCUCUUUCGAGCUCGACCAGGGCCAUCAGUUCGAGGCCGGGCGGGCGCGGGCCGUGUGCGGGAACACGGCGGCCAUGCUUACCCACACUCGCUUUGCGCCUCAUUUCUCCGUCACGGGGGACACUUCCGUCCACUACGGCCUCUUUGGAAGCUCCGGCGUCCUCGUCUCAAGUCCGCAUACCAUAGGCAGUACCUUCGGCGCGUGCUGCUGAGCAAAGGUUUACGAAACGACAGGGGAUAAGGGGGAUAAGCGAGGAAAAUUACGUCAAAUAAUUAGGACGGGCCCG